AUGCCAUUCUUCUCAAGGGUCUUUAAGAGCAAGGAUGGCCAGGUCAAAAAGGCCGCGGCGCCUGUCGCAAAUGGAGACACGCACAAGAAGCCUCAAUGGUCAGAUGCAUGGGCGCGCACGAGGGUCGAUCCCGACGAGGUGUCUGAGCUGCUGCAUCUGUGUACCGCCGAGCUGAAGUCGAGAGCGCUCGACAUCCCCUUCUUACUACUACCAUUUCGUCCCUCGUCGGACCCUUCUGCCGCGAGGACUUUCGUACGCAAUUUCUUUCUGCCGCCUCACGAUCGCGAGCCUCUACGGGGCUCCUUUUUGGAAACCGAGCUUCGUAUGACGGAGGUCAUGGUCUUGAUAAGUGUUAUGAAAUGGUGCUGGGCCCGCUUACCUGGGGGCGUAGUAACUUGGGAGGUCUAUGAAGCAUUCAGAGUCGGAGAAAAAGACUCCGGCUUUGCGCGCGAUGCGUUCAGUACAUUCAUUCCAAUUGGCGUGGAGUCGCCAGCCCGUCUUCAAAUCAUUCAAGACUUUUUCGACCUUCUUGCCUCACUUGCAGCACAUGGCAAGGCUAAUGGACUGGGUGGCUACAAGGUUUCAAGAUAUGCCGGGUGGUGGGCGUUCGAACAUUACGAUUCCGGAAAGGGUUUCGAGUCGGGAUAUCAAUCAUGGUCAACUGCUGCCGACGCAACGGCCCACCUCUUUUUCGCAUAUCUGCGAUCCAUGUCCCCUGGCGCCGGCAAAGCAAGCGGAAUUCUGACCCUUCCAAGGUCACUUCAACAACUUCUAGACUCGACCAUUUACCCUCCCAAGCAUGGCCUGUUGUCGAACGAUACAACAAAGGUUGUCAUGAUCGUCGACGUAGUGUCGCCAACUCCGUACGCUUUGUUGCGGCGCGCCAAGAACUUUGAAUAUCGAGACGAUGACCGAGGACUCCAACAGUUCGCCAGUUAUGAUGACCCCGUGCAGGCCCUUACUGACGAAUGUCGCCGCGUCCUCAAAGCUAUCUCUUCUGCGAACCAGUCCCAGGUCUCGAAUGCAAAAACAUCCACGAGCUUAACGGAUCCUUCAUGGUCACGAUUCGAAGACAUCGGGUUUGGCAGCUCUCUUGAGGAUGAAGAAGAUGACGAUGACGGGCUGCUAGGCCGCCGUGUCGUCUCGACACGACCUCUGCACGCCUCAGCUCGGGGAGGAGGUUAUCAGGAUCUGGCUCGACCGACUACUCCCUCAUGGGCUGAUUUCCUGUCAUCCGGAUUUGCCGACGAGCACGGCAACAAAGCCCCUGCGCCUAUUCUGCUUCCACCCGACAAAAUUCUCCCUCCGAUCAAUACGACUGCGCCCAGAGGGCAGAGUUCGCAGUCGCACCGGAGAAACCUUGACACCCAGCUGAACCUUGAUCCGGGUGAGUUGGCAAGCAUCACCAAGGUCAAUGUGGAUGAUUCUUUCUGGUGGGUCUGGAUCAGUAGUCUUGCUUCAGAAGAGCCAACCUCGAGAAAAGCCGUGUUCGGUCGGUGCGCACUGAUUGAAACCGUUUUCCAAGACGACAAAUGGAUGGUGAUGGAGGAGCAGGUCAAAGGUGCCGCACCGGAGCCAGCUGCCGGAGCAUAUAUUGCGGAGAAGAAAAAGACAUUCCUAGGAUUCACAACCAAACGUGGCCGGAUAACUCGAAGAGGGUCAGGUUCAAAGAAGAGCCCUCUGUCGCCGGAAACACAGUUCACAACAAACAAUAGAGCCACAUUAGCGCCAGAUCAACAGGCCAAGAUCCAGAAAGCCGCGGCCGAGCUAACUAGAAGAAAAGAGGCCGAGCAGAAGGAGGAGCAAGCUGCUCUAGCGACUCGUCGUGGUCGUAUACAAGAACCCAUUGCAGCGUCCAAGACAAACAGCAUCUUUACAUUGGGGCCCUUGAUCAAAGAUGAGGCUUCGCCAGCACUACAAUGGGCCAGUCAGUACGACAAAAAGGCCAUCCGGGCUAAGUACCUGGGCGAUUCACUUGCUGGAAAGGGCUCACGUGAGCUAUUGAACUUGCCUCAAAACGGCCUGGGAAUUAGCAGGUCAACUUCGACGCUUUCAGUGGUCAGUAAGAAUAAGGACCUUCCACCGGCACCGGCUGGUACAGCGACACGUCCGCCUGUUAUUGCAAGAUCUCAAUCUACAGAACCUACAAUAGCACCACCAGUCGUCGUGGAGCCUGCUCCAAUUCCCGCCGAACCGACCGAUCCAGUCCAAACCGAAGCGACGACAGAGGCAGCAGAAGUGCCCCUGCCUCCAGCAACGCCGGAAGUUGUGGAGACCCAGCCUGCGAAACAUCAGCCGACCAAAUUGAGGAAAUCCCUCGACCAGCAACGUCGCUCUCCCGAGCAGAAAAAGCUGAGGGGGAAGACUCCGACAGGGCCCCCUCCCGUGCAGAAGACCAGUGGCAUUCGACGUCUGUUCGGGACCAAGAGAUCCAAGUCACGGGACUCAAGAGUUCCAGAACCACCCGAGUCGCCGUCGAACGUGGAGGAGGACCCUGCCGUUGCUGCAGCUAGACGUGCUCUGGAGGGCAAACCUGCCCUUCCCGCUGAAGGUCCAACCUCGCCUCCUCUGAGUCCUGGACACUUCCAUCGCCUUGCUACCGUCAAGGCUUCCCAACCUUCAGCUCCGAGUGUGGAAGAAGCGCCAGAAACGCUGCAAAUGACAGCAGCGCCAAUACAAAGAGAAGCGACGCCGGAGCCGCCCGCGGAACAAGGUGGAUACGAAGAAGUUGUUGUUCCACCCCGAACACGUCGCGAUGAAGAAUAUGAUCAGCUCUCUCGGGUAGACACAAACGAGCGUGAACAUGCUGAUCGCGAAUUCUCGACGUUUGAUCAAGGACCCUUGGUUGAUCAGCCGGCUUUCGUUCCUCUGGACACCCCGCCGAGAGAAGACUUUUUGACGCCAAUCGAGGAGCCUCCGCACGCGCCUGUCAGCCUUCACUCUGGCCGGUCAUUCCAGCAAACAGAGAGCUCGGUAGAAGAGGAUGAUGGACCAGCCCUCGCACAACAAGUCCCUCCUAGUGACCGAUGGGCUCAGAUUCGACGAAACGCAGCCGAGCGAGCGGCAAGACAGUCCGAGGAGCAGACGUCACGCAGUCGUACCGAAACACGAACUGACGACGGGGAAACGAGUGGAGAAGAGACGAUCGAAUCACGGGUUGCACGAAUCAAAGCGCGAGUGGCUGAAUUGACCGGAAACAUGGACGGCAAUCGACGAUAG